AUGAAUUUUGGUGGCGAUUCUACCUCAGUUGAUUUGUCAGUAUGUAUAUCUCAUCCUAAUGUCCUGGGUAUGCGGUCCUUAGAAUCACAUUCAUUAGUGGAUGAAGCCUUUCCUACAGGACCAAAUUAUUCAAUUUCCAAUCGUAGUAUUUUUAUCCCCAAAAGACAGCAUAAUAUCAGUGAAUCUAGUGAUGUGGAUGCGGAGGAAUGUCAUCGUGUGACAGGAAAUUUGUUGUAUCAACUAAUGCAUGAAAAUCACAAACCAAGUUGUGCCGAUCACCCUACAAACUUGGAUCAAGAAAUUGGCCAUUCCAUUCUUGGGCAAAUACAUCACGAACUUGCUAGACUUCAUGAAGCUGGGCGUUUCAUUCCAAAUAGAGGUCAAUGGUCACAUGUAGCAUUAAGAGGUGAAGAAAUUUUCAACAAAGACUUGCGAAUUUAG